CAAAGGCCAUCAGGAGUAUGCACAUAAACACAAAGUGUGUUUAGGAGUUGGAUUUACUUCUUUGUGUCGGCCGAGGAGAACUGAUGCUAAGUAGUACCCAGAGAUGCCACAUGCACCGAGGUCACCUACAAACUGUGCCAAGAUGCAGACCAAACUGAGCGCCUGGACUCCUCUGAACCACCCUGAGGCAAACAGCAAGGUGUUUGAAGAGAGACGAAGCCUUCUGGCAAAGUGGUUUGACAGGUGGUCUGACAGGCAGAGGAGGGCUGUGCUGCAGGACUUUGUACUGGGCUGCUCAAUGGAGCAGCUGAGGUUCCUGAGUGUGAGUGUGAGCAGACAGCUCCCCCUGCAGGCUGCAGACUUCACCUGCCUGCUGCCCAGAGCCCUCUGCCUCUACCUCUUCUCCUUCCUGGACCCACGCAGCCUCUGCCGAUGUGCACAGGUGAGCUGGCACUGGAAGAGCAUCGUGGAGCUGGACCAGCUGUGGAUGCCCAAGUGUCUGAGGUUCAGUUGGUGCAUCAAUUUCUCCCCCACACCGUUCGAGCAGGGCGUCUGGAAGAGACACUACAUCCAGACUGUGCAGGGGCUGCGAGUAACCCCGCAGCAGACUGCCUCGUCCCUACGGCAGUUUGUGAUCCCAGAUGUAACAAUGAUCAGCAGUAGACAUGAAGAUCUGACAGAUCCGGCCCUCCUCACCGAGGAGCAUCCGGCGUCCACCGCCCAGCGAGUGGGAAGCAGCCUCAGGACUGGAUUCAUAACAGAGAAGCAGCCGAGUGCACUGCCUCCAUGGAGAGAUGCUGACAGACAUCCCAAAGACAUAAGACGCUUUAACUACCUGGACAACCUGGACCCCAGCCAACAAGCCCUGAGAACGCAAACGAAAAGCACAGCUACCACCUGCACCACACCGAAGCCAGACGGCGGGAGCAAGAAAACGCUAUCUGAGGCGAAUUACAAACUCCGCAAAGCCAAAUCUCUGAUGUUCCUCAGCUCCAACUGCAGACCCCAACAUCCCCCUCCUCAUCAUCAUCCUCAUCCUCAUCCUCAUCAUUGUCAGACCCAAACUCAGCCUCAAUGGGCAUCUCGCAGUAGCGACUACCCCAUCACCAAGGAGACCGCCAAGAGCCUGCUGCGCCUGGCCCAGUGGAAUGCUGGGAUCCGUCCAGGGCCGGUGAGGUCAGCGGUGCCCCAGCUGAGUGUGGAGGCGCUCAGGGCGUCGCAGCGCUCACACCGGAGCUCUCCCAGUACACCACUGUUUAAGGUUCAGCCGUGGAUCAUGCCUGCUUCACACCCACGAUGACGAAGAAGGAAGUAUAUCACCCCCAUCAGGAAGACAUCAGAACUACAGUUUCAGGACACCAAAGCUUUUCAGAAGAUGUAGUUGAAUAUAUUUUACUCAUGUAAUUGAUUCCAUUACUGCAGUUACUUUGGAAGCUAUUAUGUAAAUAGCUCUGGAUGGAGAAGAUUUUAUGAAGAACAUUUUGU